UGGAGAGGAAUUGCCGGAUAUUGCUGCAGAUCAUUAUGGUGGCCGUCGUAUUGCGUUUCUUCUCACCGCCUGUUGCGGCAGACAGCAAAUAUCAAGCUGGGCAAGGGCAUGUAUCAUUUCCAGUCAAGCUCUAUGUAUCUCAGAAAAAUGUGGACAUCGACAACGGAAUAGUUAAACUAAUAUUGACAAGGCCGGGCGGACUUAUCGCUGCUAUAGAAUACAAAGGAAUCAUCGAUAAUGUGCUGGAAAAAAGAUAUCAUCAAAAUAGAAGAGGUUAUUGGGACAUGGUGUGGACAAGGCUAGACAAAGUAGGCACAAGCCAUUUUGACAUGUUAGAAAGUAAAAGUUAUAAAAUUGUAAUAGAGAGUGAGGAUCAAGUUGAAGUUUCCUUCACAAGCACUUGGAAUGUCUCAUAUGGUCACAACACCGUCCCCCUCAACAUUGACAAGAGGUUUAUAGUUCUCCGUGGAGUUUCGGGCUUCUAUUCAUAUACAAUAUUUGAGCAUUUAGAAGGCUGGCCUGAUCUAAAUAUCGACGAAGCAAGAAUCGCCUUCAAGCUUCGUCAAGACUUGUUUCAUUACAUGGCUAUAUCAGAUGACAAACAACGGAUGAUGCCAAGCAAUGAAGACAGGAAAGUGGGCCAUGUUCUUGACUAUGCUGAAGCUGUCCGCUUAAAUUCUUCACCCAAAUUCAAACAAGAGGUGGACGACAAAUAUCAGUACUCAUUAGAGAGCAAGGAGAACCGGGUCCAUGGCUGGAUUGCCACCUUAACCUUAACUAAUAAAUCCGCAGCAGGAUUUUGGGUGAUAACGGCAAGUGAUGAAUUCCGAGGCGGAGGUCCGCUUAAGCAGGACCUCACCUCGCACGUUGGUCCCACAUCCUUAUCGAUGUUCUUCAGUUCUCAUUAUGCUGGUGUAGAGUUCGGGAUAAGGCUACGAAAUGGGGAAUUUUGGAAGAAGGUAUUCGGCCCAGUCUUCAUCUACCUAAACUCCCAUGAUUCAAUUUUGAACCCAAUAAAUUUACUAUGGGAGGACGCUAAACGACAGAUGUUGGAAGAGAGCAAGAAAUGGCCAUACGAAUUCCCGUUGUCAAGUGAUUUUGGUGGUGCGAGUGAACGCGGGGCAAUGAGCGGAAAAUUGUUAAUCAAUGACAAGUACAUUAAUAGCGCACUUAUGCCAGCUAAGCACGCCUACGUAGGCUUAGCCCCCCCUGGAGAUGCAGGCUCUUGGCAACGCCAAUCUAAGGGGUACCAAUUUUGGAGGAAAACAGACGAGCAUGGGCAGUUCAAUAUAACAAGUGUCCGAGCAGGCAUAUACAACUUGUAUGCAUGGGUUCCUGGCUUCAUCGGGGAUUACAGACACCAUGCCAACAUUACAAUCACACCAGGCAAGGUGGUCGAAGCAGGUGAUCUGAUAUACAGUCCUCCAAGGGCGGGGCCCACGCUCUGGGAAAUUGGGAUCCCCGACCGCAGUGCUUCUGAAUUCUACGUACCCGACCCUAACCCGGACCUCGUCAACACGCUCUACACCAGCAAACACAAAGACAGGUUCCGACAGUACGGAUUGUGGGACAGAUAUACUGACUUGUAUCCCACACACGAUCUAAUUUACACUGUCGGCCUCAGCGACUACACCAAACACUGGUUCUUUGCUCAUCUCAAUAGGAAACUCAAUAAAGACAAGUACACAUCUACUACCUGGAGAGUUGUGUUUCCCUUGACAAGAAGAAGAACAAAUGUCACAACGACAACUAGUGCAAAUUAUACUCUCAGAUUGGCUUUGGCUUCUGCAAACUACGCUGAAAUACAGGUGUGGAUGAACAACCCUAAUCCAUCUGGGCAGCCUCAUUUUUCAACGAGACGAAUAGGUAUGGAUAAUGCAAUAGCAAGGCAUGGCAUUCAUGGGCUGUAUUGGUUGUACAGUAUCGACUUGUUUGAAUCCCAAUUCGUUGAUGGAGAAAACACAUUAUAUAUUAGACAAGCAAAAGGCUCGAGCCCAUUCAAUGGAGUUCUCUAUGACUACAUUCGUCUAGAAGGACCCCCUCAAUAUUUGUCUUGA